UAUGAAGAAAAUGGGAAAAAACCAGAGUGAGCUGUUAUUCUUUUAUGAUUUGACUGAUGAAGAAAAGAUGAGCCGGUGCAAAUGGUAUUUAGAAGAUGAAUCAUGAUUUAUUAUUGGAUGGUUUCAUGUAUUCCAUAACUGUGUCCUUGCGAGAUACGAAGCAAGUAUGUUCGUCGAUGGAGAAAGAAAUGUUUCGUUUGCUUCUAGCGAGAUAGCAUGAUCAAAGAUAACAGGUACUGCUAAUCCUAUAAGGUUAUUGUUGACAUUUUGUAUAUAACACACCUUUUAAGCCCAAUGAAGUAAACGUAUGUUAGGUUAUUUAAGCCCAAAUUGAAAACAAAGUAAACAUAUUCUUAAUAAGCCAAUCUUAAUAAGCAAUGGCUUACUAUCCCAGGUCUUAAUAAGCAUUGCUUAUUAAGCAACAAAGUAAACAUGUCCUGUCUUUUAAAGUUUUCUCAACUACCCAAAGGCCCAAAUUCAACCAAACGCGUAGUAAUUCAGAUUGGAUCAUUUGAGGAAGGCGCCAGCACGCAGCACGGCAUCGAGUAAUCUGUCAUCCACGAACGGCCGAGUGUAGAACCUCCCGCCGAGUCGACUCCGGCAGGCGCCAGCACGCAGCACGCAGCACGGCAUCACAGUCAUUCAUCCAGGAGCCAGCAACGCAGCACGCUUCUUCAGUCAUCGCCUACUCGCCUCAAUUUUUACCCUUCCGUAGUUCCGAUUUGUGAAAAUGGGUGGAGGAUUUAGAGUGCUGCAUCUUGUCAAACCGUUUCUCUCGUUUCUGCCGGAAGUUCAGAGUGCUGACAGAAAGAUCCCCUUUAGAGAGAAGGUCAUAUACACUGUGAUCUCUCUUUUCAUCUUCCUGGUCUGCAGCCAGCUUCCUCUUUAUGGCAUACAUUCCACAACAGGUGCUGAUCCCUUUUAUUGGAUGCGUGUUAUUCUUGCCUCAAACCGUGGUACUGUCAUGGAGCUUGGAAUCACACCAAUUGUGACUGCUGGGAUGGUAAUGCAACUAUUGGCUGGUUCAAAAAUUAUCGAAGUGGACAACAAUGUCAGAGAGGACCGAGAACUUCUAAAUGGGGCUCAAAAGCUGUUAGGCAUCUUGAUUGCUAUUGGAGAGGCAAUUGCUUAUGUCUUAUCAGGGAUGUAUGGAAGUGUCAACCAAUUGGGCGUUGGAAAUGCCAUUCUAAUUAUUAUCCAACUCUGCUUUGCUGGCAUUAUAGUCAUGUGUUUAGAUGAACUCCUUCAGAAGGGAUAUGGUCUUGGUUCUGGGAUUUCCCUAUUUAUAGCUACCAAUAUCUGUGAAAGUAUCAUCUGGAAAGCAUUCAGCCCUACAACCAUUAAUACGGGUCGUGGAGCUGAAUUUGAAGGUGCUAUUAUUGCUUUGUUCCAUCUACUAAUAGCUCGAACAGAUAAAGUAAGGGCUCUCAGAGAGGCUUUCUACCGGCAAAAUCUUCCCAAUGUUACUAAUCUGCUUGCCACAGUUUUAAUCUUCUGCGUUGUCAACUAUUUCCAAGGUUUUCGAGUGGUUCUUCCCGUUAGAUCAAAGAAUGCCCGCGGACAACAAGGAUCUUAUCCAAUUAAAUUAUUCUAUACCUCCAACAUGCCUAUCAUUCUUCAAUCUGCACUUGUAUCCAACCUCUAUUUCAUAUCUCAGUUGUUAUACAGGAAGUACGGUGGAAACUUCCUUGUCAAUCUUUUGGGUAUAUGGAAGCAAUCUGAAUACUCUGGCCAGUCUAUUCCGGUUGGUGGACUUGCUUACUAUGUUACUGCUCCAUCAAGUCUGGCGGACAUGUUGGCAAACCCAUUCCAUGCUCUUUUCUACAUAGUUUUCAUGCUUUCUGCUUGUGCAUUGUUCUCAAAGACAUGGAUUGAAGUUUCUGGGUCUUCAGCUAGAGAUGUUGCCAAGCAACUUAAGGAGCAACAAAUGGUGAUGCCUGGACACCGGGAUUCAAAUCUACAGAAGGAACUGAACCGCUAUAUUCCCACUGCCGCUGCAUUUGGUGGAAUGUGCAUCGGUGCAUUGACAGUGUUGGCAGACAUGAUGGGUGCCAUCGGUUCGGGAACGGGUAUUCUACUAGCGGUCACUAUCAUUUAUCAGUAUUUUGAGACAUUUGAGAAGGAGAAAGCCACUGAACUCGGCUUCUUGGGCUUGUGAGCCCUUUUUAGUUACUUAUAGUUAAGGAACCAGUACUCUAUAAAGAGUCCCACUGACCACCGACACAGACUUUGCUAUCUUUUUACUCAUUUUCAUUUUGAUAUCUUUUAUCCAAGGCUGAUUGCAAUGUGGGGAGUGAAAACCCCAAAUGUGAGGUUUUCACCCCCAAAACAGCUGCAACCCGGUCUAAAAAUUGUAUACAGAGGUCUCAUUGGCAAUCUAGGGAGGGCAAUUGACUCUGGCUGCAUGGGCGUCCGCCGCUUGGCUUGCGGGUGAAAAAGGCUUUGCUGACCCACAAUUGUAAAAUGUUAGGAUGACCACAAUCGCUUUAGCUGGGAAAUCAAGUGGUAGAUGAAAAAGUAAUAGUUUUAAAUUUAUUUCAAAUGAACUCAAGUGGGCAUUUUUAAUAGGCACAAAAAAAUUAAUUCACACUUCUUAUUUUUU